AUGGCCGGCCUACCUUUGCUCACCUACCUACCGCCCGGAUGGACGGAAGCGACGUACCAGAAUGCAACCACCGCAGAGUACAAUGCUCUGCCGGAAGAGCAACUAGAAAGUCUCAUGGAGCGCAAGGUGCAGGAAGCGCGGCAGGAAGCCGCCCUGAUCCUGUACGAGGCCAGGACUUGGCGAGCCGCGCACGGCAUCGCGGCUCUCGCCGUCGACGGGGCCGCCGGGCCGUCUGCCGCCCCUGGUCCAGCGGACACGGACCUGACGCAGCGUCUCGUGCGCCGCGUCGAGGCGGCGCAGUGGGCCGAGAUGGGCUUCCUCGUCUUCCGCACCUUCUACGCCGACGAGCCGCUCUGGGCGUCGUUCCAGCAGCUUUUCAGCACCUUUGUCGACGGCGGCAUCCUCGCCGCGGCGCCCGGAACCGACCUCGCGCGCAUCAGCAGCCGCGUCAAGCUGCCGCUGGUGUCCGACUAUGCGCUCGUCGAUCUAGGCCCGGGAGGCAUCGCGCAGAUUUACCGGGACAGCGUGAGCAACCUGGACAGCGACGACAGCGAUGACGAGGAGGGGGCGGAAGAGGAAGACGAGGGCGGUCAUUUGGCGAGUCUGGACCCCGGCCUGCGCAUGCCCAUGUGUCUGAUGGUGGACGAAGAGUGUCUGCGGUCGAUGGUGCAUGAGGACGAGGGGACGGUGCCGUUUGUCAAGGCCGUCGACGCCCGGCUGGCGACGAAUCGGGAUCUGCGGUAUCCAGGCUGGUUCAAGGUGGCGGUUGGGGCGCUGAUGCCGCGCUUCUACGCGGCGGCGCAUUUUUACGAGCCCGUCGACAUGGCUGCUGCGGUGGAUCAGAGGACGGGUCUGUGGACGGGCAUGGGAAAUGUGCAGUCGACAAAAAAAGACGAGCAUGGGACGGCGCCCCCAAAUGCAACGUGGUUCAAAUCAAACGGCGUGACAGUGCAGAUAGGCACCUGCCCUGCUCGUCUGCUCGUACAGCCUCACUUUGUCACACCUGAUCGGAAGCGCGGCAUCCGGGACACAAGCCACAUAGCGAGGCUGUGGUUGGCUUUCUUGGCAUCGACCUUGCCUGCAUUGCAUCUCCUCGACCUCGAGCUCCCCUCCCCCGCGUCCUCCAACACACUCACCAUGGCCGAUUUCACUCCUCCUUCCGGUCCUCCGCCGCCCAAGGCACCCGACGUGCCUCCUGGCUGGUUAGCUCGCUGGAACGCCGAAUACAAGGAAUGGUUCUACGUCAACCUCGCCACAAAACAAUCGCAGUGGGAGCGCCCAACCGCUGGCGGCGAGGACGGCCCUCCUCCGUAUGACGCUGGCCCGCAGGACGCCAAGCACAACAACAGCGACACCAAGCGGGAUGACAAUAACAGCAGCAGCAACCCGCCCGCGCCCUACGGCGGCUCCUCCGGUGAGGACGACGCGGCCCUGGCCCGCCGGCUGCAAGCCGAAGAAGACGCCCGCAACGGCCGUCCUGGCGGCAGCGGCGCGUUUCCGUCAGAGCUGCCCGCGCGCGAGGGCGCUUCCGGCGAGCGCGGCCUUCUGGGCAAGCUUCUGGGCCGCAAGAACAACAACAACAGCAGCAGCAGCAGCACUCCUGUCGGUGGAUACGGCGGCAGCUACAACAACAAUGGCGGCGGCCAAUACGGCGGCGGUUACCCCCAACAAGGCCGGCUACCCCCAGCAGGGUGGCUACCCUCAGCAGGGCGGCUACCCGCAGCAGGUGGUUACCCCCAGCAGGGCGGCUAUCCUCAGCAGCAGUACGGCGGUGGCUACGGAGGGGGCUACCAGCAGCAGCAGCAGCAGCCGCAGAGACGGACCGGCGGCGGCAUGAUGGGUGGCAUGGGCGGUAUGGCCAUGGGCGCGGGCGCCGGUCUGCUCGGUGGUGUCCUGAUCAGCCAGGCUAUUUCGCACCAUGACGAGGACGAGUACAGAGACGGCUACGAGGACGGUCGUGAUGAUGGCGGCGGCGGCGACUUUGACGACGGCGGCGGCGGUGACUUUUAA